AUGGACCGAAUCCUCUUUAUUAAACUUUUGAAGGGCCAUUCCCAUCUUGCUGUUUCAGAAGGCAUUUGGGGUCCAAAGGAAGCUCAUUCUACCCCAAAAUAUGAGUAUUUGCCAAUCAUCUGCUGAUGCCAACAGAACAUUGAAGCUGUUGAAAACAGGACAGGGGAGGAUCCAAGAAAAACUAGUACUCACAAAGCAACCGAUUGGCAACACCUAGUUGUAACAAGCAGUAUGAAUGUACCAGAUACAUACUCAGUUACCUUAAACUGGGAAAAAGAAAAUGCUUCCUGUGAAGAGAAAAUGAAGGACUGCACAAAGGGAAACGAUUUUUAUAAAGAAAUAACUUUUUCAGAAUUUAGCUAUUCUGGAAAAACUCCACAAGAAAAUUACAGUUCCAAAGAAAUCCAGUUUAAAAAGAAACAUAAUGGAGAGAUGAAUAAUCUGCUACAAAUAAGGAACAACAGCUUUCUUGAAACAGGGACUCCUAUGCUAAUUUCAUCCAAGGAAUCAAAAAGCAUAAGAAGAUAUUCUUUCCCAGUCACUUCUAUCGAUGCAUUGUCAUUGCCUCAGCUUAGAAGAGACUCGGGUUUUUAUUCCAUGCCAUCUUUAUCCUUAAAACUCCUGUCCAGACCUGUCAAAGCAGUAACUACUUAUAGAAUGAGUACAAAUACACCUAUCAGCUGCACAAAACCUUGUUCAAGUUUCACAUCAUUGUUUGGUAAUCUCAGAGGUCUUAAAUCUUCAUGCUGUUCUGCUUUUGCUUCAUAUGAUCAUGAUGUGAUUGUGUGUCAUGCUAAACAAGAGGGAAAACUGAGCAAUGCUUUUUUAAUGGACAAUUAUUUAGAAUACAUGAAGAACAGUAAAGAAAUGGGGCAGGUGACAGUGGAAGACUUGCAUUCUAUUGUGAAUUCUUGUCAAGCUCAAAAGGAGAAAUAUAGACCCACUGAGACUCCAACAACCCAAAAAGGAGGUGAGGAAUACAUUACCUUUGAAAAAGAUGGCUUUGGUUGUGAGGUUCUAAGAAGCAAAGACCAACAAGUUCAAGAACAUGAAAAAUUACCAAUCAAAGUAACUCUUCAUCAAGAUUCUUUGCUUUCCAAAAGGCUAUCAAGUGGCUAUAGCAAUAAUAACAUUUCUGCUAAGGUUUCCAUAGAAGACAUUCAAGGUCAACAAUCAGUAAUACAGUCAAACAAAAAUCUUCCACUAAGUAUUUCAGAGUCUAAAGGAAUGAAAAAGAAACAGACAAAAUCAGUCAUGACACUAAUAGCUGGAGAACUGGAACAGAAGCUCAUCAUUCCAGGUGACAUUAAAUCUAUGGCAAAUUCAUUUGGCUUUGCGAUAAAAAAGGAGCCCUUAUUGUCCAGCAGCAAAGGGGGAAAAGUAUUUCUGUUGCCUCUUUUGGAUACUGAAGAAUUAGAUCAAGUUAAUGAUUUUCAAAGUUGUGCUGAUGUUCAGAAAAUGUCUGAAAAUAUUCAGGAAGAUUCUGAUUGCCAAGAUUAUUCUACUCAGACUGAACAUCUUUUAGCUGGAGAUUCUUUCACAGAUGCUCCAGAGAUGCUCUCUAGUGAACAACACAGAAGUCUCUCUUAUCAUUCUGGAACUCAUUUAGCAGCAGUUCAGGCAGAGAAGUCAUUCAAACCCAGCUCUGAAAAUCAAGAAGAAGAAAGAGAAACAAAUAGGAAUGUCGUCCUGACCCCAGCCACUUUGUCACCAGUAAAUCAUGCUGAACAGAAAGCUAAAUCACUAAGAGACAUGAACACAGUAUUAUCUAGUGAACAAGUGCCGAAAGAUGCAAGAACAAACAAUAGUUUUCAAGAAGAAGAAGCAGACCGUUGGGCUAGACGAAGGAAAUGGUUCAAAAACAGCAAAAGGUACCAAUCAGCUGGAGAGAGCUCUAUGAAUAGUAGCUUCACCGAAGGAUCUGUGAAUUCAGAAGAUGGUUGUUCCUUGGAUCUGGGACUGCACAGGCAAAGUCAAGAGCAAGGCUUCUACAGAGAAAUCUUCCACUCAGCUUCUUGGGUGUUCCGAGAGGAUGAUGCUAAUGCAGAUAAUAAUCUCAGCUGUCUUGGCAAAAGGCCUAGGCCAGUCACUAUUCGGGAACGAACCGUAAGGAUUCCUAAAGGAACUGGUGACUAUCCUUGGGGAUUCCGAAUCCAGUUCUCAAAGCCCAUCUUGGUGACCGAAGUGGAUUCCAACAGCGCAGCAGAAGAGGCAGGCCUCCAGAUUGGAGACAUUGUGAUGGCUGUCAAUGGCACAGAUGUCACCAGCAUGCCUCAUUCAGAGGCAGCAAAUCUAGUAAGAAAAGGUCCUGAUAUUUUGAACUUAUUGGUGGGCUCUGAUAUUAGUCGUUGCCCCAACAUCCCUCGUCCAACGUGUCGAGGAUACCUCCACAAACGGACCCGCUCUGGAAUCCUGAAGGGCUGGAGAAAGAGGUGGUUUGUAUUAAAGCAUGACGGUUGCCUGUAUUAUUACAGAAACAAAAAGGAUGAAGGAAAAGGCAGGCCACUGGAAGUAACAAAGGUCCAAGGUGCUGAAAUUGGCCUGGAUAAUAGCCUGGGCAAGCCUUUUGCAUUUAAAUGUGUUCCUCAGACUGGAAACAGAGUUUUCUAUUUCUGUGCUACAUCAGUCCAAGAGAUGAAGAGGUACAUCCUCCACUCACUACAUUUGUUUCUUUUUCUGUGGGUUUUUGGUUUUUGGCUUGUUUUUUGUUUUUGUAUUGCAUUUAUUAAGCUCAGUGGCAGGAAUAUGCAUCAGCCUUUUAUGGAAAGGAGGGAGAACAAACAUAUGGUACUAAGAUUUAAUUACAGUUCUCUCUCUCUCUCUCUCUCUCUCUCUCAAGAAUAUGUCUGUUAGCAUUCUGUUAUUACCAGUAGUUUUUUUCUUUUGUCUGGAGUCAUUUCUCUUUUUUCAGUUCUAUUGGAUCAGAUCAGAGUUAUAUCUGGUCCAGGAUUCUGUUUUUCACAUGACCAACAAGAUAUAUAUGAAAAGUUCAGAAGCAGAAGAGGGAAAA